AUGUCCUGGGCGUUGAUCGUAGUUUUAUUCGCCAUCAUCAAACUUCCAUUCUGUGCAGGAGUGAACGUAACCUUCACCCCGCCCACGCAAUGCGACCACCUCAAUGUUUCGUGGACCGGUGGUCAACCGCCUUUCGAGUUCAACUUUAUAUCUGUCUAUGGAAGACAGUUAGUCCAGUCCGUCGACUCCUCGGCAUUUAGCGAUGGCAAGGGUUUCUUUCAGAUGCGAAUCCCUUUCCCUUCGGGCACGCAGAUGUUGUUCGUCAUGAAGGAUGCGACUGGAUAUCCAGCUGGCACAACUUCCAGUCUUGUCAGUGUUGGUCCGAACGUUGGCGGCACAAAGUGCAACACAACUAUAAUACCACCGGACUUCACGUUCGCCACCGAUGAUGGUGUCCAGCAAUGCCAAUCCUUCCAAUUUUAUGACUACAAUGGUGGUACAACUCAGCCCGUGACAAUCAUGGGUAUCAUCCCCGGUGACCAGGUCUUCACCCUUGCACCACCAAAGGGAUCGACAUCCUUCAAUUGGACAGAGAAUAUGCCGAGUUUCUCCACUGUACUCUUCACAAUGGUCGACUCCGCUGGUCAUCGCGGCGGCGUAACCCAGCUUCUGACGGUCGAACAGACCGGCAACUCCGGCUGUCUGAACAAAUCCUUUCCUGCUCCUAAUCCUACACCACCUGCGCAAGUGAGCAAUGUGCUACCCCCUGGAGCGUCUCAGGCAUCCUCUUCAUCCGGCAAGGACAAAGGUCUUUCUGCCGCACAAUUCGCCGGUAUCCCCAUCGCAUGCGUUGUGGGAGGCAUCGCCAUUUUCGCCGUUAUAAUCACCGCCGUCAGACAAAGACGCGCGAAGCUUCAAAGGCGUCGUGACGCCGCUGCUUUGGAUAUGGGGGAAGGCUCAGCAGCGCCGGAGAACAUUAUCACACCCUUCCCGCCGCACAUGUUCGAGCAUUCGUGCGCAGCUUCCGGUCCUAUCUCGAUGCACGCUGGCGGCGCUCUUGGGAGCACGACAAAUCUAUCCGUUCACAGUGGUAUCGGGGCUAUCUUUCCGUCUUACCAUCCGCUUUCGUAUGGUAACACGGCGGGGCAGGAAGCCCUCGACCCGUAUGAGCCCCCUGAUUAUCACUCGGUUAUUGCUAGCCCUGACACAUCGACCACCGGGGCCGGUAACAGCUCUUCGAGCCGUGCUGGAUUGCGUAUUUAUACGGUGACGAACCAUAGUGACAGCUCACCGGAUGCCGUAGACGAGAAGGCUACGUUACCCCACAUCAAUCAAAGCGACGCCCAGUGA